UUGUUUGGCAUCCAGUGCUUUCAGUAAAAAAGUGGGGAAGUGACGUCAGGCAAAUACGAACCGCGCGCCAAUUGUAAACCUUAGCCACUUCCAACCGUUUUUUGACAAUGACAAAUAUAAAAACAGAUAUUCGACAUGUCCCGACAAAAUACAAAAACCCCUGCCAUGGUGCUCCAGGAAUUCACCAUGAAGCGGGGCUUCUCCCCGCCUGAGUACAUCCUGGUCAUGAGCAAAACGGGCACCCACGAGAACGAAUUCCACUACAAAGUCAACGUUGCAAAUGUGUGUGGUCUGGGCUUCGGGCGCUCAAAACAAGUGGCAAAACACAACGCUGCAAGCAAAGCUUUGGAAAUCCUCGCCGAGCAAGGUUUAUACGACCCGAGCAGCAACCCAGUGCAAGAAUUCAACGCACAGUCUCACAGAAACGAGUCGGAUAGCCCCCAAAAGCCGCCGGUGAAUUUUAUAGGCAAUUUGAAAGACAUGUGCUGUGAGUUCAAGCUGCCCUAUCCUGAGUUUAAGGAGAUUUCGGACGUGGGGCCCCCACACUGUCGCGAGUUUACGUACGAAUGUUGUAUCGCUUCAAUAACGACUCAGGCAACUGCAAAUACCAAAAAACAAGCCAAGCAACUUGCAGCGCGUGAAAUGUUGGAGAAAAUCAGGGAAACGUGUCCACAACUUGCCGAACAGUUUGCUGCAGAGUCGAACAGUAUUUUGGCUGAUAGUCAUGAAGUGAUCAAGAAAUAUAGUGAAUUGUCAACGACUCUAGAUGUUAUGCCUAACAGGGCAGUCUUGAUUGAGGACUAUUCAACAGCUAUUAAGAGGAGAAUGGAGGACAAAAAUGUGUGUUUUGAGGAUUUUCAAAAGCAGUAUAAAUUGAAGGAUAAGGAAGGAUUAGAUUAUAUUUUCGAGAAAUUAGAUAUUAGAUACCAAAUAGAUUUGUUUCAAGAGUCACCUCCAGUAUAUUGCGCUUUGUUUGGUUUAGAUACUCCGUUUACUGUAAUGGCUGUUGGAAGUAGUCAAGAAAAUGCAAUGGCAAACUUAGUUUUUGAGAUAUAUAGGUUGUUAGAAAUUUAUAUGACCAAGGGUGCCAAAGGGUAGUUCAUAGUUAUACAAUAAAUACUUUUGACUAAAUGUGGAAAUACUUUAUGAAAAUAAAUCUAGCCGCUUUAAUAACUACUGAGCACUUAGCUAUACAAUUUUUCGUUUAUCAUUAUUUGCGCUUUCUGGCUUUUUUACAGUAUGGCGGGAAAUUUAAAUGUGAUACCUAGAUGACUUAAUUUGUAUGGUCAAAUUGUACUAUUUGUUGUUUCAUUAAACGUUUGGAAAAACUAAUAAA